GACGGUUCCUAUUCCCUGGAAUCUUCCUUUCACUUUCCUCUCUACAGCAACCCACUCCUUUCUUUAUAUAACCCUUUCCCCUUCUCUCUUGAUCUCAUCAAAUCCUAACUCACCAAUCCAUCUUUCAUUCUCAGGUUUUCUUGAUACCCGAUUCUCGAUUUUCAUUCCUUGAUCAAAGCCACAAAAGAAAAAGAACCCGUUUCUUGAUUUUAUAUUAUCGAUCAAAGCAAAUAAACAUGGAGUGCAGGAACUUGGAGAUAACGCUUAUAUCAGCCAAAGACAUUAAAGAUGUCAACAUGUUCUCCAAGAUGGAUGUUUAUGCAGAGGUUUCAAUCAAAGGGGAUCACUUUAAUUCGAAGCAGAAGCAGAAAACUCCUGUCGAUAAAGACUGCGGAACCAAUCCCACAUGGAAUCAUUCGAUGAAAUUCAACAUUCAUGAGGCUUCUGCACAGGAAAACCGCCUUACUGUCCAAAUCAAGCUAAUAUCUGAUCGUAGUUUCGGCGAUAAAGAGAUCGGCGAAGUCCAUGUGCCCAUUAAAGAAUUGAUAGAUCACAAAGCUGGAGAUGCAAAUGUCAGCUAUGGUGUCAGGACACCGAGUGGGAAAGCCAAAGGUAGUCUCAACUUUUCUUUUAAAUUCGGUGAAAAAUUCGAAGCUCCUUUGCCUACGGAGAAGGCUAAAAACGUGCACGAGCCUGUUGUGGCUUAUCCAGCGCCGGCUGGCUAUCCUGGUGCGGGUGCUAGCUCUGCUUAUCCACCUCCAGGUGCAUAUCCUCCGCCGCCUCCUAAUAUGGGUUACGGUGCUUAUUCUUAUCCGCCUCCAGGUGGAUAUCCACCACCGCCACCACAAUACGGCGGUGGAUAUAAUUACCCACCUGCCCCCGGGUACGGUGGAUAUCCUGCAAUGAUGCAGCAGCCCCAAAAGCCAAAGAAGAAUGGCGGUGGAAAGAUGGCGUUGGGAUUGGGAGCUGGGUUGCUUGGCGGGUUGUUAGUUGGAGAUAUGAUAUCUGAUGUCGGUGACAUGGCUGCCUAUGAUGCUGGUUACGAUGCAGGCUUUGACGAUGGAUUUGAUUUUUAAGUUUUUUGUUUUCUGUUUUUAGUAUAUCUAUAAGUUUUUUUUUUUUUUCUUUUUACGAAGAAGAUGCAGAAAGGUUUACAAAUGAUCAUGUAUAUGAUGAUGAAGGUGGUUUUAAAGUAUAAUUUUCUGUUUCUUUAUGUUUAAA